AUGUCUCAUAGGCAGAGCUCCGAUGAUACUGCCUCCAACGACGCGAACGCUCGCAUUCGCGACUCGCCCGCCACCACCUCGCAACCCCCGCAAUUAGAGUCUAACUCAGCCCAUACCGAAGACGGCAACCAUGAAGAGACCGAUAUGUGCAGUCCGGAAGAAUCUGCCCGUCGUUUGACAGUCGAAGCCCACGAACAAGAGCUCAACGAGCAGAUCCACGUAGAGCUAGAGACCCAAGAGCGCGAGGCCAUAUGGCAUCGUCGAAUGCAAGCUGAGAAUCUAAACAAUCCCCAAACUUCUCAUACACAGCCUCAAACACCACCCCUCGUCAUCGGCGCACCGCUGGGCAGGAAUCUCACCGUUGUAGAAGCCGCGCGCCGCCUCGUCUCUCAAUGGGAAACAAUUCACGAGUCCACACUCUCGUCAAACCCAGAGGCCGCUGGCCCCAUCCUCGAAGAACUGAACCAAGCCCGCACCCAACUCGACGCCCUCACAGCUCAACAGCACGGAGAAGACACACACAACCUUUUUCUAGACGACCAAACCCAAGACCCGGCAACAACACCCCUAAACUCGCUCCAAGCACACAAAGAAGAAGCCAUCGCCUCCAGAAUCACAUUCCUCACAGACUCCCUCCCAGACUCCUCGUUCCCCCCAGAGCGCGCCAACAUCACCGCCGCAAUCUCCCUCUACCGCGCCUCCCGCAUCCCCUACUCGGCCAACUGGGCCCUCAUCUACGCAGGCCACCUCAUUGACUUUGCGCCAACCUACGCCUCCUUCACCGCCGACCGCGUCGCCCGCCUGGACCGCUACAGCCGCCUAUACGGCGAGGGUUGGCUCUGGAUCGAGCCGCCCCUGGCCCGGGACACGGGUGCCGGUCCCUCGCCCUUUUUCUCUGCGCACAAGAGCACUUUUCUCCCAGAGACGGACUCAGCGUAUGACAUGGGCCACUACAGCGUCACCAUGUCGUUCCGCAGGAUGAAGAGCCUCGCAUACUGUGGCGCGGAGCCGCUGCUGAGGAGCAUGUCCAUGUCCAAGAAGAGGAAGCGCGAGGACCGAGACGACGAGGAGGAAGCAGCGAUGCUGGAUUUGCAAGACUGGCCUACGUCUAUCGCCGAAGACGUCUCGGAUGAAGAAUACGACGACCCUGGCAUAAAACCACCAUCCAGCCUGCGCAAGAACCGCCCCUCGCGACACCCACACAUGGCCCGCGACCCCUCCGCACCAACACUCCACUUCCGCACCCUCCUCGACAGCGGCUCGACGCUCCCGAUGCUCUACAACCGCGACGCCCGCGCCCUAGGCAUCCAUCGCGCCUCCUACGCCGCCGUCUCCCGC